CUUCUCGUGCUGAAAAGGCUGUUGAACAUUGGGAGGAUGGAUUCUAGGUGUAUUAUUCGACUAUGUGGUGCCUCGAGCACGGAAUUUCUCCAAGGACUGCUCACCAACGAUAUGCGCUCAAUCAGUCGACUGGGUUCUUUCAUGUACUCUCUGUUUCUAAAUGUGAAGGGCAGAGUAAUGUCAGAUGUGUUUGUAUAUCAUACAAAGACUGUGACUCCAGGCGAAGAAACAUUUCUGUUGGAAGUCGAUAAAGCGGACAGUGCUAGCCUUUUGAGGUACCUUUCGAGCUAUAAUUUGCGCAAACGAGUAAGCAUUUCUUUGCAAGAGGACUUAUCGGUGUGGGUUGCAUUACCAUCUACGUCCAUCAACUCGCUUGUCGAUUCCAACUGCUGGCUUCCAGUUGAGCCUCCCUCCAUGUCUCAGAACGGCGAUUUGCUGUUCUAUGCACCUGAUCCCAGAGGUUUACCGGGUUGGUCGGGUCGUAUCCUUAUGAAAAGUCACACGCAAGCGAAUGCAGUGUUUACUGCGGCGAAUGAAUCUCCAUCCGUUGUUGAUGUUUACCAUCAAAUGCGUUGGCGCAUGGGCUUACCCGAGGGUGCAUCAGAAAUAAUUAGAAACGAAACGCUUCCACUGGAAGCCAAUGCCGACCUGUCUGGUGGAAUCAGCUUUUCCAAAGGGUGCUACGUUGGACAAGAAUUGACUGCACGUACCAGAUUCACUGGCGUUGUGCGACGCCGAUUUGUGCCAGUUCGAUUGUGCUCCGCUGAUCAGCUUGUCUCUAACUUGAGUCCUGGUUGUCACUUCACGAAUGCAGUCGUUACCGUGGAAACUUCAGCGGAACAGCGAUUGUCUAAGCCAAUAGGUUGGCUACGCGCCGUUUGGAUCCCACACGAGGGACCGAUCAAUUUCAUUGAAGGACUUGCUCUUCUUCGGUUGACUGACGUUAGUUCGUCUCCAUCACAAAUUUUCACUGCGUUGUCAGAUCCUGAUCCAUCCAAAUCGUGCACAUUGCUUGUUACUCCCUAUGCCCCCAAUUGGUGGCCAAAGGAAGUAGCGCCUGAGCUCCAACGCCUAGGUGAAUGA